CAUGGCAGUCCCCUUGCGCCGGUUACACCACGUUUCGCUUCACGCUUCUAACGGGCUGAAAUUAGCUCACGAGCUUGUGUCAAAAUACAAAUUUGAUUUGUUUGCCACCAGGCUGACUGACAAGUCAAGGCAGGUGGCUUUCCGGAAGGGAACGUCAGUCUUCGUUGUGAAUGAGGGACCGGUUCCGGGCAGUGCGGGUUUGAAUGAAUGGCAGCAGGACGGUGGGAACGGUGGACACUCCGCUCAUCCUCCCCGAGUCCACUCAGAGAAACACAAGCAGAGUAACCAGUCGUAUCUUUACGACUUUCACACCCGCCACCCGGUGGAUUCUGUCAGUAACGUGUGCUUCGAGGUGGAAGAUGUGGAAAGGUCGUUCAAGGUGCUCCGCCAGCUGGGCUGCAACUUCCUCGUUCCUCCCACGACCGUCGAGGACCAGAACGGCCUCGUCACCUACUCUGUGGUUAAGUCGAUCGUGGGAAACGUGUGCCACACGUUGAUUGACAAGACAAAAUACGGAGGGACCUUUUUGCCCGGCUUCACUGUCACUGAAAAGGACUGGAGCUUGGAAAAGGAGGACUUGUCUUGUCCAGUUACCCAUUUUGAUCACAUAACUUAUGCCUGUCCUCGAAAGUCAUCCCACCAGGUCAUGGGGUGGUAUGGGAAGCUUUUUGGCUUUCAGAGGUUUUUCAUUGCUGGCGAUGAAGAUAUAGACGAAGGUUUUGUUGUGAACCAGGAAGGCGUCGGACUUCGACUCACUGCCAUGCAGUACUGGAAGUCCAGCAAAGCGGGCAUCGCUCUUCCCUUCCCUGACAAAAAAGAACCCGACUGCAAGUUUGUCAUCGCAGAAUCACUUCCUCAUGAAGGCCGCAACCAGGUGGACACCUUCUUGGAGCAGCACAGAGGGGCAGGCGUCCAGCACGUCGCACUCUACACCAAAAACAUCGUCUCUACCGUGCAUGCGAUGGCUGAAGCUGGGGUUCAGUUUUUCUCCCCUCCUCCUGCAUACUACACAGAGGUCGGAAAACAGCGGGAAAUAGAGGAGGCGGGACUCGAUCCCCAGAGGCUUUCAGAGCACGGCAUUCUUCUGGACACAGACCUGCAGCAGGUUCCAUCAUCACAGACAGGAUGCAGCGAAAACAGAAGAUAUCUCCUCCAGGUGUUUUCAAAGCCCCUCUUCGCUGAGGAUACCUUCUUCCUGGAGCUGAUUGAGCGCAGAGGAGCGACGGGUUUUGGCGAAGGGAACAUCCGGGCCCUCUGGAGGUCCGUGCAGGCGUACAUGGAGAACAAGAGGAGGGAUUCUCAGGGAGAGACUGUGCAGUCUACUCACUAAUGUCCGCUCUGUGUUUUUUUUAAACGUAACUUAUUACAUGCGUCUUUUAUACAUAAUGUUAUAAUAUUUAAAGUGGAGGUUCUAUGCAAAAGAGUUAAAAGAAAUGUAUGAAAUAAUCAUAAAGCUGCUCUCUUUAUGUUGUGUCGGUUGCUGUUCUUGAAUAUGAAUGUAAUACUUGAAGGGCUGUUCUCUGUUUAUCAAAGCAAUCUAAAUGAACUGAAAGCAGCUGUACCUGAAUAAAUCGGUUUCCCACAGA